AUGAUUGAUGUUGCUUCAAGUCAACCAAAAAAAAUCUUAGAACCUUCACUUAUUGCUGAAGCAUCAUUAAAUAUGUUAUCCUGUCUAUUUUAUGAUACUCCGAAGAAUUUAAAAAUUCCUAAACCAUCGAAAUUCGAUAGAUGUUUAUUACUUGGAUAUGGAUCAAUUGGACAAGCAAUAGCUUAUGCUCUAACACAUAAGGGAGAUUUAGGAAUGUUUGCAAAAGAUUCUGUUAAAAUAUCAGACAUAGAUUUAGAUAAACAAAAAUUAGCAGAAAAUGAUGGAUUUCAAUUAUUUGAUCAAUGGAAUAGUAAAGAUGAAUUUAAUUAUAUAAUUGCUUGUGCUGGUCGUUGUUCAUUUCCAAUAUCAUGUUUAUCUUUAGUACGUAAUAAUUCUUAUUUAAUAAGUGUAUCAUCUGCAGCUAUUGAAUUUCCAUUUAAUGAAAUGAUUCAAUAUGCAUUAUUAAAUAAUGAUAUUAAAAUAAAUCUAUCGAAUACAAAAAUCAAUCGAUUAGAUGAUAAAAAUAUACAUCAAAAUAUAACAUUUACAAUUGAAAAUAAUAAAUCGUUAACAGUUGUUAAUGGUGGAAUGCCGAUUACAUUUUUAGGAAUUUUAAAUCCAGCAAUACCAGAAAAAUUUGAUAUUACAAUUAGUUUAAUGAUUGCAGCAAGUAUUCAAGCAACAUUUACAAAACAAGAAAAGAAUCAACAAAAUCGAAUUAUACCACUUGAUUCGAAUUAUUCGAAAUUUAUUUUUAAUUGGUUUAAGAAUAAUAAACAUAAUACUUAG